UUUCAAGAUAAACUACUCCUACUUUAUACUUACAAGUUUUGUCUUCUUCCAUUAAUGGUUGCCUGUUCCCAUGUCAUACAAGCAUUUUCUAAAACACUGUCGCACUAGUGUCUCCCACAACCAAAUCAAAUACACUAAUUUAUUGGGUUGAACUCUAAGAAAGUCGUCGCUUUAGCUGAAAUUUCUGAGUUCCAACUUCCAACCAUGUCUUCUUCCCCUAAACUCCGCCAUGAAAAUGGCCCAACAACCACCUCAAAACCCGAACUUAAACCCAUAACCGGAACCGAAAUUGAGGCAGAGUUCUCACACCACGACCUAACCGUAGCCCGCAUCAACAACGGCAGCUUCGGAUCAUGCCCGUUAUCAAUAAUCUCUGCCCAACAACAAUGGCAACUUCAAUUCCUUAAACAACCCGAUUACUUCUACUUCAACACUUUGAAACCCUCCAUGCUUAAAUCCCGUACCUUAAUCCAAUCCUUAGUCAACGCCGAAGAUGUCGACGAAAUCUCUAUCGUCGAUAACGCCACAACAGCCGCCGCAAUCGUCCUCCAACACGUCACUUGGUCUUUCUUUACUUCCAAUUUUCAACCCGGUGACGCUGCCGUUAUGCUCCAUUACGCUUAUGGUUCAGUUAAAAAAUCCGUUCAGGCGUAUGUUGCACGCGCCGGCGGCAAGGUAAUUGAGGUCCAGUUACCUUUUCCGUUAUUGUCGAAUGAAGAAAUUAUUACUGAAUUUGAUAAAGCUCUUAAAAUGGGGAAAAUUAAUGGAGGGAAAAUUAGGUUAGCUGUAAUUGAUCAUAUUACUUCUAUGCCUAGUGUUGUUAUACCUGUUAAGGAACUUGUUGAGAUGUGUAGAAAUGAAGGCGUGGAUAUUAUUUUUGUUGAUGGUGCUCAUGCUAUUGGAAAUGUUGAAGUUGAUGUAGGUGAUAUUGGAGCUGAUUUUUAUACUAGUAAUUUGCAUAAAUGGUUUUUUUCUCCGCCUUCCGCGGCGUUUUUGUAUUGUAAGAAAUCGGAUAAGGUAUUGGAUUUGCAUCAUCCUGUGGUAUCGAAUGAGUAUGGGAACGGGUUGCCAAUCGAGAGUGCUUGGAUAGGGACGAGGGAUUAUAGUGCACAAUUGGUGAUACCGGAGGUAGUGGAGUUUGUGAACAGGUUUGAAGGCGGGAUUGAGGGAAUUAGGAGAAGGAACCAUGAUAAGGUUGUUGAAAUGGCAGAGAUGUUGGUGAAGGCGUGGGGGACGAAAUUGGGGACGCCAUCAGAAAUGUGUUCGAGUAUGGCCAUGGUUGGAAUGCCUGCAUGUUUAGGGAUUUCUAGUGAUUCGGAUGCUUUGAAGUUGAGGACUCAUUUGAGGGUUUCGUUCAAGGUUGAGGUUCCGAUAUAUUACAGGGCGCCAUUGGAAGGGGAGGUAAAUCCGAUAACAGGUUAUGCUAGGAUCUCCCAUCAAGUUUACAAUACCAUCGAGGAUUAUUAUAGGUUUCGAGAUGCCAUUAUCAAGCUUGUGAACGAUGGUUUCACUUGUGCAGUUCUCUCGAAUUGACUAGGUGAUUCUCUCUUUCAAUGGAAUAAAAUGUCUUUUUCCAACUCUUUACUGAUUGGAAAUUAUUGUUGUAUUGUGAAUAUUAGCUCUUGCAGUGGAAACAACAUUUUGUAGAAAUGCAAGGUAAGACUGUGUACAAUAAACUCUUGUGGUUCGGUCCUUCCCCGGACCCCGCACAUAGCGGAAGCUUAGUGCACCGAGCUGCGCCCUUGAUUAGAACUUGAUGUCAAAUUUAGUUCCCUGUGUUGCACUUACAAUGUGAAUAUUAGCUCUUUGUUGUGACCAUAUGGAAUCAUUCUAUACAAAACUAACCACUGUUGAAACACCAAUAUUGCUUCUGAAUUCUGAUGAAGA